UCAAGCUGUGGUUUAAACAGAGCAGAGAAAGCUGUUCUCUUUUUAUAUACGGUGAGAGGAAACGAGAGCUGAUAGAUAGAUAGAGAGAGAGAGAGAGAAACAGAGCUCAAGAUCACGAGCCCUUUUCUUCUUCUUUGGUCUUCAUCAUCGAGCGAUCAAAGGAACAAAAAAAAAAGAUCUCAAGAAACCCACUUGUUGUUGGUUAGAUACUUCACGGGUCUCUGAAACGUCUCUUUCUUACAACUAUAAAUUGAUCACCCCACUAGUCCUUCCCUCCUCUCAACGGCUCAAGUUACUACACGUCACACCCGUUUUUCAUUUCCUCGGAUGUCGAGGUGACGUUAGAUUAGAAAAAAAUUACUCUUCUUGAGGCAGAGAUUGUAGCUAGUUGCAGAGAGACAGCGGAAAGAGGUAAAAAAAAUGGAUCGACCAGCAGUGAGUGGUCCAAUGGAUUUGCCGAUUAUGCACGAUAGCGAUAGGUAUGAGCUCGUCAAAGAUAUUGGCUCCGGUAACUUUGGAGUUGCGAGAUUGAUGAGAGACAAGCAAAGUAACGAGCUUGUUGCUGUUAAAUAUAUCGAGAGAGGUGAGAAGAUAGAUGAAAAUGUAAAAAGGGAGAUAAUAAACCACAGGUCCUUAAGACAUCCAAAUAUCGUAAGAUUCAAAGAGGUCAUAUUAACUCCGACCCAUUUAGCCAUUGUUAUGGAAUAUGCAUCUGGAGGAGAACUCUUCGAGCGAAUCUGCAAUGCAGGCCGCUUCAGCGAAGACGAGGCAAGGUUCUUCUUCCAACAGCUCAUUUCAGGAGUUAGUUACUGUCAUGCUAUGCAAGUAUGUCACCGAGAUUUAAAGCUUGAGAAUACCUUAUUAGAUGGUAGCCCGGCUCCUCGACUAAAGAUUUGUGAUUUCGGAUAUUCUAAGUCCUCUGUGUUACAUUCACAGCCAAAAUCAACUGUUGGAACUCCUGCUUAUAUCGCUCCCGAGGUUUUACUAAAGAAAGAAUAUGAUGGAAAGGUUGCAGAUGUUUGGUCAUGUGGGGUAACUCUGUACGUCAUGCUUGUUGGAGCAUAUCCUUUCGAAGAUCCCGAGGAGCCAAAGAAUUUCAGGAAAACUAUACAUGUGAGAGUCUUUCUUCAUGCUUUAAUAGUUGAAACAUAUUAUGUUCACAUAUCUCCUGAAUGUCGCCAUUUGAUCUCCAGAAUAUUCGUUGCUGACCCUGCAAAGAGGAUAUCAAUUCCUGAAAUAAGCAACCACGAAUGGUUUCUGAAGAAUCUACCUGCAGAUCUCAUGAACGAUAACACAUUAAACAGUCAGUUUGAUGAAUCGGAUCAACCGGGACAAAGCAUAGAAGAGAUCAUGCAAAUCAUUGCAGAAGCAACUGUUCCUCCUGCAGGCACUCAGAAUCUGAACCAUUAUCUCACAGGAAGCUUGGACAUAGAUGACGAAAUGGAGGAAGACCUAGAGAGCGACCUCGAUGACCUUGACAUAGACAGUAGCGGAGAGAUUGUGUAUGCAAUGUGAUACCACCUCUAUGGUUUCUGCUACAAAAAUGUAAUAACAAAAAAAGUUGAAGAAUAAGGUGUCUUGUAUGCUAUUGAGAUUGUCCCAACUUUGUUAAUGGGGACACUUUGAAUCUUUGAUAUGCAAUCGACGGGUGUUUCUAAACAAAACUUGAAAAGAAAAAAAAAACAUUUUCAUCAA